AUGGAGGAAACGAGGAGAAUUCUCCGCAGGGCCAUCUACGCCUUCCUCCGCGGAUACCAGAGCUUCACCUCCAUCGCCGUCCUUCUCGUCUCCCCUGUGUCGGCGGCUGUGCUGUUCUCGCAGGCGAUGGCGCCCUCAUCGUCGCGUAUGAUGGGGACCAUUCAGGCCCGCCUCGACGCUCUGUUCGCCGCGGCGGGGCUCCCGGCGACAUCCGAUCUAUUCUCCUUCCUCAACCUCAAGUUCUCUCAGACCAUCGUCUCUUUCGUCCUCACGCUUCCUUUCGUCCUCACCUUUCUCGUCCUGGCCAAGGCCUCUGUCAUCCAACUCGUGUGCGGAUCAUCCCGACGCAAGGAAUUUCCCCCUUCCCUGCCGUCCAUCCUGCGCCUGUACCUUCCCCUCCUCCAGACCCACCUCUGCUCUGCCUUCGUCGCCAUCUCCGCAAACGCGGCCGCAUUCUCCCUCCUCUUCCUCGCCUUCAACACCGCUGACGCUCUCGGCCUCACAUCCGACAGGCUCAUUCUCUGUCUCUCCAUCGCGGGAGCGAUUGUCUACUCAGUCCUCCUGGCCAACUCUCUCGUAGCCUGCAACUUAGCCAUCAUCGUCUCGGGGGUGGAGAACUGCGGCGGAUUCCUCCCCAUCCUCAAGGCCUGCGCCCUGCUGAGGAGCAGGGCAGCGACGGCCCUCUCUCUGGCGCUGCCCACUUCCCUCUUCAUGGCGGCGGCCGAAGCCCUGUUCCAUAUCCGCGUGAUAAAGCCAUACCGCGCCGCCAACAGGUUGACUCCGUCGCUGAUCGGCGAGGGCACCCUGAUCAUCUACAUCUACUCUCUCCUCCUCGUCCUCGACAUCAUCGUGAGCUGCAUGUUCUUCAAGAGCUGCAAGCUGGCCUCUGAAUCAGAUUGCGAGUUGGGAUGCAGCUACUCGUCUGGGUUCGCGUCGAAAGCGGAUAAGAAAGACGCUGCCGCUGCCUGUGUUUUCGUACGAUCGAAGCUCCUGGAGCAGCAAUGA